AUGGCUCGCUCCUUCUUGAUCCGGGACCUCCUGUGGGGACCCGAAGGCCGCGAGGAGGACGCCAAGGAGGUCGGCCUCGACCUGACGACGCGCGCCGCCGACCCGCGGGAGGCCGAGGGGCGCCAGCUCGAGGCUUCGCGGACCUCGGGAGCGGACGAGGGGCGUCGGCCGGGCGGUGACUGCCCCGGCUUCCCGAGCGACCACCACCGCCGCCUGCUGCUGUUCCCUCGGGCCGCCUACCCCGACGCCGCGCCUCCCUGCCGCUCCCCCGCGGCGGCCUCGCCCCCGCCGUCGCCUCCGCUCCUCCAGCAGGCCCCGCGGCCGCAGGGGCUCCCCGCCCUCGCCCACCACGCCUACGCCCGCGGCCUCCCGGCGAAGGGCCUCGGCUGCGGCUUCGGCGACGUCAGGAGGUUCCUGCCCGUGGCCGGCGGGGGGGCGCGGCCGGUGUUCGGGCCCGUGCCGCUGGGCACGCCCGCCCGCCACCCGCACUACCUGUGGGCGGCGCAGUACUCCUCGCUCCUGUCGGCGCUUCCGCUGCAAGACUACGAAGUGACGAGCCCCAGCACGCCCAGGACGAACAGCCCGCCCGUGCCCGUGCCGCUGCCCGUGUACGUGCGCACCCGCCCGUCUGCCGUGCCGGAUACGUCGACGAAGAAAUGCCGGCGGUCGCGCACGGUCUUCACUGAACUACAGCUGGUGGGCUUGGAGAGACGUUUCGAGGCGCAGAAGUAUCUCAGCACGCCGGACAGGGUUGACCUCGCCAGGUCACUCGGGCUGACCCAGCUGCAGGUCAAGACGUGGUAUCAGAACAGGAGGAUGAAGUGGAAGAAGCAGGUGAUGCAGGAAGGCAGCAAGGAGCCUCCCACGAAGCCCAAGGGACGCCCCAAGAAGAAUUCGGUUCCCUCCUUCGCAGAGCUUCAGAGGAUGCGCGAGGAGGAGGAGCGAAGGUCAUCCGAGGUCACGGGGGUGUGGGCGGGGCCUUCCACUUCGUCUCAGGUCGCCCUCUGGCCUGACCUGGGGAAGGAGGAAGAAUAA